AUGGCUUAUAUCGUGUCUCUUCUGACUGCUGCCGGCUCCCUCGUCGGCUCAGCCGUUGCUGCCGCAUCGGCAUGCCCGGCAUCUGCACCGCUCAGCUGCCAGAGCACCGGCACCAUCCAGAACACAUGCUGCACGGAGGCUCAAGGACAAAUCUUGCAGGUCCAGUUCUGGGACUCCAGCCCUGCUACCGGUCCAGCCAAUUCUUGGACUAUCCACGGCUUGUGGCCGGACAAUUGCGAUGGCACGUACAAGUCAACGUGCGACAGCUCUAGAGCAUACACCGAUAUCAGCUGCACACUCAAGAACAGAGGGGCUACCGACAUCCUCAAUUACAUGGAGACAUAUUGGAAAGAUUACCAGGGCAACGACGAAUCAUUUUGGGAGCAUGAGUGGAGCAAACAUGGAACUUGUUACUCGACGCUGAAACCCAGUUGCUACACCAACUACCAAGCAGAAGACGAACUCGUCGACUUCUUGAACACCACGAUUACCUUGUUCAAGGAUCUGCCCACCUACCAGUGGCUUUCCAACGCGGGCAUUGCCCCCAGCUCUAGCAAAACCUACACCAACGCGGCCAUCACCAGCGCCCUUAAGGCCAAGUUUGGUGCCACACCUAUUCUGACUUGCACAAGCGGCGAGCUCAAUCAGAUUCAGUAUGCCUUCAAUACCUACGGCAGUGUUGCUCAUGGAAACUUCGUUCCUGUAAAUCCUACUGGGACCUCUGGCAAUUGUCCAAAGACAGGUAUCAAGUACUUGCCCAAAGAUAUUAGCACCACUCCUACCGCUGAUGAGGGAAGUUGCGGUUGA